AUGGCGACAUUCACGGUCUUCCAAGAUCUCCCCACCGAGCUUCGGCUCGGAGUCUGGCGGCAGGCCUUGCACGAAGAAGCAAAGAAGCGGAAUAUCCUGAUCCGCCAGGCCGACGAUCAUAUUCAGGUUGUACCAUCCAAGAAGCUUGUUUCUACCUUCCUGCUGGUCAACCGAGAAAGUCGCGAGUCUGCCCAGCGCUUCUACAGCACCAAGCUGGGCUUCAUCGUCCCGGAAAAACCUGGUUUUCGAGACAAGCAUCACCUGGUGGCUUAUUUCGGUAACUUCAACGAAGAAAUGCUGACCAACGGGGCUCUCUACUGCAGUCUCAGUCAUGACCUCUUCGUCAGGACCAUAGUCAGUUGGCGGGGACCAACAGACUCAGGACACCGUUAUGGCAUUCCAGUUAGGGAGAUCCAUCCCAACUGUGUCAGUGGCAGCUGUUGCGACAUGAAUGGUGGGCAAGAUCAGUUGCUGGAACUGGCAACAACCAAGCUGUGGGCCUCGGGGUGUGAGAGCUUGGGCAGGCUAUUGACAGUCCAUCACGGAAACAUGUCAACGUACUUCGCGCCCCUGAAGCCUCCUGCGUGUUCCGGGUGUGGCAAGGUGCAGAAGAAAUGGUGGGACGAAUUAGAACCUUUCGGCACAUCGAUGUUCCCGGGGCUGCGGCAGCACAUAUACGUCAGCGAGCCCAGAAGAGUACACGACUUUUGGGACGACACGGGGAGCCUCAAUUUCCGUUGCGCAGCUUCCAAUCGCGAUGGGCGGGAAGAGCUCCAUGAAUUUCCCAUUGGAGGGGAGAGCGGUCCGCUCCGGGGAUUUCCUGACGACGCCCUGGGGCACAUUUGCUUCUAUAAUCGGUGGUGGCAUCUUCGUGGCACCAAGGACACCCUCAGAGUCAAACUGAGCCGGAUCACUCGCAUCUCGGAAAGGGUCAUGCGUGACUGCGAGUGUCUGCCUGAGCUGCCUGUCGCUGAAAAGAUGUCCUGGGCUGCGCGACGUGUGACCACCCUACCUGAAGAUACGGCUUACUGCUUAGUGGGUAUAUUCGACAUGAACAUGCCCAUGCUGGACGGCGAGGGAACCAAGGCGUUUGGGAGGUUACAGGAGGAAAUCAUUCGUAGGGGCAACGACAUGUCUAUCUUUGCUUGGGAGCCGUUGGAGCCCCUCGAGUAUAUGGGAGUGUUGGCACACGCUGCAUCUGAGUUCGAAGGGUUUUCCCAUAACAACAAGUCGUCUCUACUGGCAAAGGCGCCGGAGUUCGCCAUGACCAACAAGGGAAUCCGCAUCACCACCCCUCUCUGGGAAGUGUCAGUUGACCUGGAAGUACCUAGAGCCUCCCAGGCUCGUGUUCUCGCCAUGCCACUCAGCACCUCGUCGAACAGAGGCAGACAAUUACUGCUGCUAAAGAGGUACGCCCCGGGACAAUACGCACGACUCGGGCUAGCAAGACUGUUAUCUGAGCAAGAUGUCGCUGAGAAAGAUGUCACGAUAAUAAGCUCUAACACAGUCGGCACAAGCUAUCUGAGCGCUCAUACAUCAGCAAACCUGGAGAGGUCUGUUCUUGAAUGCUCUCGAUCCACUGUUACAAUCCACCUGGAAGGCGUAGGCAUUCAACAGGCCACCCCGCAGAGCCACUGA